GCAUGCGACGACGCUAGAGCUAGCCAGAAAGAGCGGUGCCACAUCGAUGGCGGCGGGCGGCGUGUGGGUGUUCCGGAAGGACGGGGUGAUGGAGCUGGAGCGGGAGGCGUCGAGCCGGAAGGCGCUGGUGUACGUGCCGGCGAACGAGACGAUGCGCUCCCUGCGGGCGCUGGAGCGGCGGCUGGGGUCGCUGGGAUGGGAGCGCUACUACGAGGACCGCGCCGUCGUGCAGCUCCACCGCCGCGACGGCAGCCUCGACCUCAUCUCGCUCCCGCGAGACUUCGCGCGGUUCCGCUCCGUCCACAUGUACGACGUCGUCGUCAAGAACCGAGGCCACUUCAAGGUCGUCGACCUCUAAGCGUGCGUCUCGCUCUCGCCGGCCAGUCAAGCUUGCAAGGUGUGUGUUAAACACUGUACUACGUGUGAUCGAUCAUUAGACAUUUGCGUCUGUGUGUCAUUUGUUGUACGUGUGAUUGAUCGUUGUGCGUGUGACACAAAUGUAUGCCUUGUACUGUUUGGCGUUUCCGUGUUCGUACGCCUAAGCUAAUCGUGUGGCUUAUGUGUGUCCCGUUUUUGUCUUUUCGCUAGCCACCGAAUUAAGA